AUGCCUUCCUAUUCCAUUUAUGAAGAUUUGAACGAUGGAGCAAGCAAUGUUGCUACUCUAGAUCCAUCCUCAUGUGUUCAUCAUAUGGAUUGCAAUGUGGAUGAUGAGCCUGUCCAUCCUGAAUCGUAUCGUCAUUUUCAUCAAAAAACCAUUCUCUAUGGUUCUUCCUCUCGGUUUUCUUCUUCCUCUGCUUCUGGCAACAACAAGAUGAUGCCAACAAACAUUUCCGUUUCUUCCAAAUCCCACCAUUUAUUGAACACAUCCCAUACAAAACAAGAAGCCACUUUCGGUUUUAUUGAUUUGAAUGUACAUUCCUCGCUUCUCUCCUUUGGAGACAAUAAGGAAAAUAUUGAUCCCAUGACUGGUCGAGUCUAUCCUGUACUACAACCACUUCAUUCUGUGAAGAGUAAAUCUUCAAAUAAUCCUCACCUCCAAAGAAAUCCUCUCAAAGACAUCACGCAACAAGUGCUGGGUGUCAAUCGAAAACAAAGCAACAAUGCACUCUCCACACCUACAAGCUCUGAAAAGAAUUCGACCAAUAGAAAGUUGUCCGGAGCUCGAUCAUCAGGCAAUCCUCUUUCGCCAUCUGCUUUGUACCUUCGUUAA